GCCAUUCCAUUUCAUUUCAUUUCAUUUCAUUUCAUUUCUGCUGAGUCUCUUGAUUCUCCUUUCUCUAGUUUUGUUCUUUAUUUGUUUUAAUUUUGGUGGAAGAAUGACUAUCCUCAUUGAGCAGCCUGAGCUAGGUUUACAAAUGGAGGAGAAAAAGAUGCAAUCUGAUACCAAUGAACUGGUAUUGGAUGGAGGAUUUGCUGUGCCCAAAUCACUAUCAGAUGGUGGAUUUGACAAGCCGGAAAUCAACUCAUUUGGCCAGGCAUUUAGAGACUACGAUGCAGAGAGUGAGAGACAGAAAACAGUUGAGGAAUUCUAUAGAGUGAACCACAUUAACCAAACAUAUGACUUUGUGAAGAGGAUGAGAGAAGAGUAUGGGAAGUUGGACAAAGUGGAGAUGAGCAUAUGGGAAGGUUGUGAACUUCUCAAUGAUGUUGUGGAUGAUAGUGAUCCUGACUUGGAUGAACCCCAGAUUGAGCACUUGUUGCAGACUGCUGAGGCCAUUAGGAAAGACUAUCCUAAUGAAGAUUGGUUGCACUUGACAGGCCUUAUCCAUGAUCUUGGGAAAGUUCUUCUUCAUCCUAGCUUUGGAGGGCUUCCUCAGUGGGCUGUUGUUGGUGAUACAUUCCCUCUUGGCUGUGCUUUCGACGAAUCGAUCGUUCACCAUAAGCAUUUUAAAGGCAAUCCGGACUCCAACAAUCCAGCUUACAGCACUAAGAAUGGAAUUUACACAGAAGGAUGUGGACUCAACAAUGUCAUGAUUUCAUGGGGGCAUGAUGACUACAUGUACUUGGUUGCCAAGGAAAAUGGAACAACUUUACCUCCAGCCGCCUUGUUUAUCAUCCGUUACCAUUCUUUCUACCCUUUACAUAGGGCGGGAGCAUAUAAACAUUUGAUGAAUGAGGAGGAUGCUGAGAAUUUGGAGUGGCUUAAAAUAUUCAACAAAUAUGAUCUUUACAGCAAGAGCAAAGUUCGCAUUGAUGUAGAAAAAGUGAAGCCAUACUAUAUAUCUCUCAUUGAAAAGUAUUUCCCAGCAAAGCUCAGAUGGUGAACCAUAGGCAUCGAAAGCUUAUUGUGCAAAGAAAAGGCCAGGUGGUGCUAAGUUUUUCUAGGGUUCUGAUGUACGGAUUUAGAACAACCCAUUGCUAUCCUUUCUCCGUUUGGUCCCGGGAAUAAUUUUAUCAAUUUGUGAUGUACUGAAAUGUAAUUUUAAUUGCAUAUUUU